AUUCCUUAUAAACACGUGACGAUUACGUAAAAAAAAUAGAUACCUACACACAGUCGGGUACCCUAUUAAUCACGACAUGCGUUUCUUGAGAUGGCUAAACGCCACCAUACUAUUUUCUGAGAUCCAAGAUGGCGAUGAGCAGAGGUAUAUUCGUUGUUGCUGCUAAGCGAACCCCCUUCGGAGCGUUUGGAGGGAAGCUAAAAGACCUAUCGCAGACAGAUCUUUGUGAAGUGGCAGCGAAAGCUGCCCUCGCUGCUGGGAAUAUCAAUCCAGAGAUCGUCGACAGCACAUUCGUUGGAAAUGUUGCUCAGACAUCCCCUGAUGCCGCAUAUGUUGCAAGACAUGUGGCUCUUCGGUCUGGUGUCUCAGAAGAUAAACCUGCUUUGACUGUUAAUCGCCUAUGUGGGUCCGGGUUCCAGUCCAUAGUCAGUGGAGCUCAGGAUAUUUUAACAGGAGAUGCAGAGGUAGUUCUGACUGGCGGCACAGAGAAUAUGAGCAUGGCUCCCUACACCGUCCGAGGCACUCGCUUUGGGACUAAACUGGGAGUGGACCUCAAGCUUGAAGAUUCCUUGUGGGCGACACUUACUGACUACCACAUUAAAACCCCUAUGGGAAUGACCGCCGAGAAACUGGGUGCAAAAUACGGCCUGACCAGAGAAGAUUGUGAUAAAUUCUCACUGUUGUCACAGCAACGGUGGAAGAAAGCCAAUGACGAAGGACGGUUCAAAGCUGAGAUGGCCCCUAUUGAGAUAAAGACCAGAAAGGGGGUUCAGGUCAUCGAUACCGACGAACAUCCCCGAGAAACAACUCUGGAGAGUUUGGCAAAACUUCCUCCAGUCUUCCAGAAGAACGGACUGGUUUCUGCCGGAAAUGCCUCAGGUAUAUGUGAUGGAGCUGGCGUCGUAAUUCUAGCGAGUGAGGAAGCCGUUGCCAAACACGGCCUGACACCUCUAGCCAGGCUCGUCAGCUACCAUGUUUCGGGCUGCGACCCGAGCAUCAUGGGUAUUGGACCAGUGCCAGCGGUCCGACGAGCGCUGGAGAAGGCUGGGCUAAGCAUCGCAGAUAUGGAUCUAUGCGAGGUCAAUGAAGCCUUUGCUGCGCAGUUCUUGGCCGUCCAAAAGGAGCUCGGGCUAGACAUUGAGAAGACUAACACCAAUGGGGGCGCUGUUGCACUGGGCCAUCCCGUUGGCGCUUCGGGAAGUCGGAUAACCGCCCAUCUUGCUCAUGAAAUCAGGCGUGUUGGUGGAAAAUACGCAGUCGGAUCGGCUUGUAUCGGUGGAGGACAAGGCAUUGCUGUAAUUCUUGAAAAUAUGGAGUAACUGGGACAUCAAAAUCAAAGAAGUUGAACUGUCUAUGGUCUGAAUGACAGUGGCACUGAGCAAAAUGAGUUAUGUGCUACUUCUAUGUAAUUUCAUGACCUGUGACCACUUUCAUACCCCUGCUUAACGGUAAGCACAUUUUCAUGCUAUUUACAGCAAAACAAUUUGCUUCAAGUGUAAGUAUUUUUCAGAGGUUAUCAAGAAAUGUAGGCGCACAGCCGUCGAUUUCACCAAACCCUUCCUAACUUAGGAUUAAUCUUAAGACUUACAUGUAGGGUGAGUGAAUUUCCAUAUCUAAAGAUGUCAGGACGCAUUGAACCCAUCCUAAGUUAGGACGGGUUACUCGUCCUAACUCGAGUGAGGAUUAAUCCUAGCAUUUUGUGCAAUCGGCUGCCGGUUCACUAUCAAUUUAUAUUGUAUGUCAUCCAUUUUCAUACAGUAAGCACCAGUAGUUUAGCAUGCCUUUUGUUGGCUUACGGUAAGCAGGGCUAUGACGUUGAAACUCGCGCAAUAAGCACAAAAUCAGCAAUUCAGCAACUCCAUUAAACUUUGGCCAUAUCCUGUGUGUGUGUGCUCAAAAGUUUGAGAGAAGUCACUUGUCAUUUUGUUAAACCUUCAAUAUGAAUAUGUCACAGUGCGUAAAACAAAGAUGGUGGAAUAAAUUUUUGAGCCUUCUACGUAAAUUUCUGAUAAUUAUUUAUUUUCCCUCUGGAUCCAGAAAUAAUAUAAUCAUAACUUCAUAGAUACCAACAUUACCCAUAAAAAUAUGUGAGACCAGGGGUGGAUUUUACACAGAGUUAAGACGAGUUACUCGUUGUAACUUAAGAAUAACCUUAAGCUUUUAGUAUCUCCUAGGACUAGUCCUAAGUUAGGAUUAGUCCUAACUUGUUGUCAAAUCGACCCUUAACCACAGUAUUCACUUUGAUACCUAGGAACGUUAUGUACGUUUUUGUGUUUGGAUAAUAUUCAUUGAGUUCUAGGUUUUGUAUUUUUGCAUUGCGUGUAAAAAUUGUUUUCUCUUCUUCUUUGUUUAUGAAAGACCAAAUUUGUGUUCAGUGGUUUUACUAAAAGGUUUUACUGAUUUGCAAUUCCAUAAGCUGUAGGGUUAUAUGUGCCUCAACAUUGCAAUGUACAUAAAGAUGAACAAAUAAAUCUACUCGGAUUUAUAUAACCAAGUCAAGA